AUGUCGUCGAUCCAAGGCGAUAUGAGUGCUGAGACAUCGAGCAUUCUUCCAACCCGCCUUAGACGCAGGAAACCUCCAGCUACAGACUGGAAAACGCUUAGAGCUUAUGGCUGUCUUGUGGUGACAUAUACAGAAGAAGCCAAGCAAAUUCGCCGCACGUUGUCCAAGCCUAUGCCUCCCGCUAUCCUGUUCCCUUGGACUUUGAAAUACCAGACAUGGGUUUGGGAUAUUGAGCUUGAGUACGACGUAUCCGAAUUCCGUCGCGCCAAAAUGGUGGAUGGGGUGCCGAAGAUUUUGACAAUCUGGCGUCCCACAGAAGUGAACGUGAACCAGCUGUCGGAGGCCUUUGCGAAAAGGUUGCAAGUUCUGUGCACUGAUGAUGAGUGGGGCAAUUUCGGAAAGAACUCUCGUCUGUGGCAUGGGGAGAAAUAUGAUUUUCGGCCUUAUCGUGUCAUUGUGGGGGCGGAAGGAGUUAAAGUCGCGGGCUUCUGGAAAAAAUCAUAUGUGGGGAUUGAAGAAGUUUCGGAUGAGCUCUUGAAUAAGGCACGUGCAAUUAUUUUGAGAGAUUUGGGGGAGCAGGGAUGGGAACAGUGUGUUCGCAUUUGGACGGAGACAUUUGGUCGUUCUCAUUCCAUGAGCGCCGUGUUGCGCGCAAAUGAGGAGAGAGAACGAGAAGAGAGCAUGGAAGAGAUGGGAAUAGAGGAGGAAGAGGCAGAAAAGAGGAUGGAAUAG